AUGGUCCGCAUCUCGAUCCCAAACCUGCCCCCCUCAACAGGCCCACGCAUCCUCACGGGGCUGUCCGUCGCGCCGGUCCCAGAGGCGGUGGCGCACCUCGCCUCCUUUCUCGCUGCUGGGCGCGGAAAGACGCUGGCUAUCACUGGUGCUGGGGUUUCCGUCGACUCGGGGAUUCGGGCGUACCGGGGCAAGGAGGGCGCGUACUCGAAUCCGAACUACAAGCCGAUUUUCUACGGCGAGCUCGUUGAGGACUCUGCGCGCGGGGAGAUGUUCAGUGAGCUAGAGUCGCAUACUAACCAUCCACGAGACUGGGCGCGCUCAUUCCUCGGCUACCCGCCGGUCCGCGACGCGCUCCCGAACCCAACGCACAUCUACAUCGCGUCGCUGCAAGCCCUCGGCCUGUCCCCGGGGCUGAUAACGCAGAACGUGGACAACCUGCACCGCAAGGCGCUGGCGAUGCUCGAGAGCCGCCUCGGCACGCCGACAGGCGACCAGCCUCCGCCAGGCCAUGCCGCGCCGCUAGGCCCGCGCCCGAUCCUCGAGUUGCAUGGGACGCUGGCGCGCGUGCAUUGCCUCCGCGAGGGGCACGAGCAGACGCGCGACGCGUUCCAGAGUGCGCUUGCGAGCGAGAAUCCCCAAUGGGACGCCGCGGCGAAAGAGAUGGAGGAGACGGGCAACAAGCCGCGCACGAACCCCGACGGCGACGUCGAGCUCCCCGGCGCAGACUACACCACGUUCCGCGUGCCCGAGUGCUCGGUGUGCGCGGCGCACCGGAAACACAACAGCAUCAUCAAACCCAACGUCGUGUUCUUCGGCGAGACGCUCCCCGAGGGCGUGAGGGACGCGUCGUUUGCUCUGGUUGAGAACGCGUCCCAGCUCCUCGUGAUGGGCACCUCGUUGGCAACGUACUCUGCCUUCCGGCUCAUCAAGGCCGCGCGCGAGCAGGGUAAACCCGUGCUCAUGAUCUCCCAGGGGCCGAGCCGCGCCGACGGGCUCGACGGCGUCGAGAAGAUGGAGCGCAAGGCCGGCCCUGUGCUGCGCGCUUAUUUGGACGAGGUUGUCAGGACUCGCACAGGACCCGAGGUCGACGCCGUCCGCGCCGUGCUCGACGCUGGCGUUACAAAACGCCCGCCCGACGUCGAGGACAGCCGCGAGCAUGUCCAGUACCCCCCGUAG